AUGUUAGAUGCCUCUGAUCAAGCAAAUGUUGUAAUGAAUAUUACAGUUAUUGGGGGAGUUGCAACUUUGAUAAAAAGAUAUACGAAUGAGACUGGAUUGUGGGCAAAUAGAGGAGGUAAAAGACCUUUAUAUAAACCAAUAUGUGGAUAUACUGGGACAGAAUGUCCACAAAAUAUAACAACAUAUAUAUUAAUUGGUGUUGGUUUGGUUUUGUUAUUGUUAGUAGCUACUUUAGGUGGAAUUGGUUAUGCUGUUCGAGAAAAAUUAAAAGAAAAGGAACGUUUAACUAGAAAAUGUUUAAUACCUUUUGGAGAAUUAAAAAAUAUAAAAGAAUUAAAAAGUAAUGAAGAUAUGAGAAGUUUAGAAGCAAAUAAAAGUUUAAAAAGUUUACAAAGUAGCCAAUCUGGCAGUACAAAAUUAACAAGUAUGGAUGAUAAAAAAUUGGAAACAGAAAAUUAUGCACAUUUUUUAUAUAAUAGAGAAGUUGCUUUUGCUAUUAAAUAUCAAGUUAGAGUUAGAAUAUUAUCGGAUGAUUUUAUACUUCUUAGAAAGGUAAUAUUGUAA